GCGAAGGGCAGCGGGCACGAGCUGCUGGCGAGCAUGGCUCCUGCGGCGCUGGGGGGGCGCCUCUCCAGCUGAGCCCCCCAGGGCGCCAUGGAGCCCAGUGGCCCCGGGGAGCCGCCGGACCUGCUGCAGUUCCUGCGGAGGCUCAAGGAGGUCUUCGACGUGUGCGACCAGGACGCCGACGGCUUCAUCCGGGUGGAGCAUUUCGUGGCCCUGGGGGUGCAGUUUGGCCAAGAGGAGGAGGUGGAAAAAUUUGCCAAGUACUUGGAUCCAAAUGAUUUGGGCAAGAUCAGUUUCAAGGAUUUCUGUCACGGAGUGCUUGCUAUAAAAGGCUGCGAAGAGUUACUCAAAGAUGCGCUGUCUGUCGAAAGCUUUGGGCCUCGGCGCUAUGAGACACAGUAUGUGGAUUACUACUACCAGGGUACGGAGAUCCAAGACAGUAGCUAUUUGGACAGCAAAGGUGUGUGCUGUGAAUCAGAUCUCUUUCCUGAUGAAGACAACAUGACCCUCGCCCAGCAGGAAGUCCACCAUGAGUCAGAUAUGGACAGCGCCAUUGGGAGUGUCCACAGCUCCGAGGCUUUGGAUGUGUGUAGGAGUGAGGAAAAAGAUGGUGUACUGGGUGGCCUCUUCCUGCCUGGAGACAAGUCAAGUCUUCUCAACCCUUCCACAGGAUGUGACCUUUCCACCUAUUCUACUGCUUCCCUGAUCAGCAAUGAAGAACAGUUUGAGGAUUACGGAGAAGGAGAUGAUGUAGACUUCACUCCCAGCAGCCCCUGCCCCGAUGAUGAAAGCAGAACAAACGCUUACUCAGAUCUUGGCUCGUCCGUUUCUUCCAGUGCUGGUCAGACCCCAAGAAAAAUGAGGCACAUUUACAACAGCGAGCUGCUGGAUGUCUAUUGUACUCAGUGCUGCAAGAAAAUCAACCUUCUCAAUGACUUGGAAGCCCGGCUGAAAAACCUGAAAGCAAACAGCCCAAACAGAAAAAUAUCCAGCACCGCUUUUGGAAGGCAGCUCUUCCACAACAGCAACUUCAGCAGCAGCAACGGCAGCACAGAGGACCUGUUCAGAGACAGCAUAGAUUCGUGCGAUAACGACAUCACGGAAAAGGUGACUUCCCUCGAGAAAAAAGUGACGGAAUUGGAAAACGAUAGCAUGACAAAUGGUGACUUGAAGAGCAAACUGAGACAGGAGAACACACAUCUAGUUCACAGGGUUCAUGAGUUAGAAGAGCUGCUGAAAGACCAAGAGGCAUCAGCUGAACAGACUUUGGAAGAAGAGAUAAAGAGGCACAGAGAGGCAUACAGCAAAUAUGAAAAAGAGAAGAGCACUGAAAUUGAACUUCUCAACACAAGGAUUGAGCAGCUCGAAGAAGAAAAUUAUGAGCUCACAACUACAGUCUUACGGCUGAAGUCACAAACAGAGAAGCUGGAUGAGGAAAGGCAGCGAAUGUCUGACAGAUUAGAAGACACCAGUCUGCGGCUCAAAGACGAGAUGGAUUUGUAUAAAAGGAUGAUGGACAAACUCCGACGGAAUAGGCUUGAAUUCAACAAGGAGAGGGAGGCCACUCAGGAGCUUAUUGAAGACCUGAGAAAGGAGCUAGAACACCUGCAGUUAUAUAAACUCGAGUGUGAACGGCCAGGUCGUGGGAGAAGCUCCUCCUCCAGUUUGAGUGAAUUCAACGCGAAGGCCAGAGAAGUGGAAAUGGAGCAUGAAAUUAAACGCCUAAAGCUGGAAAAUCAGAAGCUUCGAGACCAGAACGAUGACCUGAACGGGCAGAUCCUCAGUCUCAGUCUUUAUGAAGCCAAGAAUCUCUUUGCAACCCAGACGAAAGCCCAGUCCCUGGCUGCUGAAAUUGACUCUGCGUCCAGAGACGAGCUCAUGGAAGCCCUCAAAGAACAAGAGGAGAUAAACUACCGAUUACGCCAAUACAUGGACAAGAUCAUCCUAGCCAUUCUAGACCAUAACCCAUCCAUCCUGGAAAUAAAAAACUGAAGACGGGGGACCAGACAGGAAAUAAGCAGAGACUUGAACCUCUUGAAAGGCCGCGGGAUCCAAACAUCACCUUGCUAUUGUAAAUGGGUUUAUAAAUAUAUAUAUAUCAUAUAUAUAUAUUAUAUAAUUUCUGUGGAUACACAGGACGUGUUUAUAUGAGGUUUGGUCCACUUGGUCUGUGAAUCCCAAUUUGGCUUGGUCUGUUUCUCAUGCACUUUCACGGCAGGGGAAAUACUGUUACUGGAUUGUAAUGGCAUAACAGCGUAACUGAUUUUUGCACUGCUUUAGAUACCGGGCAGAAUGGACACUACCUCUAGCUAUAAGUAUGAAAGUCGACGGAAAACUGUUUAGUGCCAAUCCUCUUUUUCACCUCACAACAAUGCUGAAUUUUCUCCUUUGGUCCCACCUCAUCCCUCAGAUGUGUUACGUAUCCGGGUUUAAUUCUCUGGUGCUCAUCACGUUGCGUUGUAGGGGGUUUUACGCCGGAGCUGUGUUGCUGAAUCUAACAGGAUGGAAAGCCCCACCUGCUCCUUCUAAAAGAAGGGGAAAUGUUAUUUCUGAGGACUUUUUCAGCCUUUCUGUCCCCAUUUCCCCACACCCUCUCCCCUUCAGCAGAAAAUAUUUUUCAUGGUGAACAGAACUGCUUAUCUUUAAGAAUCGUUGGCAGUUUGUGGUUCCUCGUAUGGUGUGUUAAUAUGCAUAUGCUGAUCUUCUCCCGGGUCUUGCAGCUGAAAGAUUUGCUCUCUGUACUUUGUGUUUACGACUGGCCACAAAAGAGUUCCAGAGUUCAGGUUUUUAACUGUGUCAGGCAACAUAGGCAGGUUCUCUCUGCCUACAGGAAACUCUUUCCGCUGCGUUGAUCAGCUUGGGCCCUCCAUUUGAAAUGCGGAAUCGCCAUGGAGGACUACACAGCUGAAAGGUCUCCGUUGUAGUGACUCUGUGCUGCCUUUUUAACCAACUCCGAUUGGCCGAUGAAGCCUUUUUACAUCAUGGCUUGUCAGUAUUUCCCCCAAUCUUUGGCGAAUGGGACAAAGUCCUUGAGGCACAGUUUUUAAUGAAGGCAAAGUGGCACUCCUCCGCCUGCCUCUUAACUUAGCUCUUGACUUAGCUCGUAGUCGGAAGCUUCCAGGUGGUUAGUACAUGUUCACGUUACAGAAAUCACUCGAGAGCUCAGGGUUUGGGUUUUGUGAAUGUGAUUUGGGGUUUGGGGUUGGUGUAUGCAAGGUGACCAGACGUCCUGCUUUUGGCAGGACAGUCCCGCCUUAAACCAAUUUGUCCCGCGUCCCGUGGGGUUUUUUUACUGUCCCGAUUUUUGGAAGGCUGUGACAGGGCGGGAAACGGGAGCGCCCCAAAAGGCAGUGCGCUCCUGUGGCCGCGCACGUGUGCGCGCGUGCCUGCCUGCCCUGGUCCCGGUUUUAAAAGGUGACAAUCUGGUCACCUUAGGUGUAUGUGAUUCAUAGGGUACAUGUAUCACUGAAUAGUUGGUCUGGAGCUGAUUGCUUGAGGAAAAAUCUGGAGCUUUCACCCAUACCAAUUUGUACAAUCCUCAAUAUUGCUGAGAAGCCCACUGUUGACUGUGCCAUCUGAGAAAACCAGUUACCAUUCUUUUUUUUCUCUCUCUUUUUCAUUUUUUUUCCAAUUUAGCUGCUCUCUUACAGCACAGUCCAUUUAGUUUUGUUUUUAAACCCACUCGCUGGGAGUUUCCUUUAUCCAUCACUCAGGCAAACUCUAGAAAAACUGGUGGGGAAAAGGAGCUUACUGGGUUAAUUGCUGCGGAGAACAAUUUCUUGACUUUUUCAGUUCAGGAAGACCUUCUAAGGGCCAUUCCCGUGCAUGUCUCGUUUUCCUGCAUGGGAAGUACUUUUGUAUAGGAAAUAGCAUGCGGUCUGCCAUGGAACCUUUGUAUGGAUAUUUGCACAUAUGUACGUGAGUGUAUGAUAAUUAAACACGAUGAAUGAUUUGCAUGUGGGGCUCAUGCUAUUCCCUACACUAGAGUGUUUCACAUGCAGAAAAUGCAUAAUGUGUAAUGCAGCUGUAAAUCUUAAGGACACCAGCAUCUGCGAACAAGGGCUGUAUUCUUUUUUCCAACCUAGCCGAGCGUGGCUGCAGUUCCAAGUUAAAAGAUACCUUGUUUUUAAACACCCACUAAGCUAAUUGUAUCAUUAAUCCUAAAGCGAGGAACUGUAGCUGCCAAAAAUAAAUCACAAGAUGAACUAUGUUGGUA